AUUUGAUAGGUGACCAUUUUCUACAGAGCAACCGUGCUCGAACUUGUCAUUCCUUUUCCCCCAAACCCAACAUCGCGCGUAUUCGCAUACGUGCUACAUCUCCCACUUCUUACGCAUAGACAAUGCGCUAUCUUUAAUAUUUCAUUUCUACAGAGUUGCGAAGAUGCCUCCCGCAGCUGCGCGCCGAGCGCCUUACAAAGAUUUCUUACAGCCCGCCCUACAGAGACGGUUCGCCUCGACUACCGGAUUCUUACUCGCAAUCUCCUACAUCGAAGCUCUCACUCUAUCAAGGUGGAAUCACAUAUUCUGGCCAUGGCUACCUAUUGGUCUUCCCGGUAUUCGUACCUUAGCCAUCUUCGGCAGUAUUCUCCCCAUCAUCAUAUUACGAAUUGCCCAUUCGCACAUCGGUAUUCGAACUUCUAAUUCGCCUUUCGAUACCUUCCGCCGAACUGCGAUUUCCCUCGAGACUAUCGAGACAAUAAUUACCUUCACCAUCUCAGCGUGGAUGUUCAGCCAGAUAUAUCUGUUCUCCACACCUACCGACGCAAAUCUCAGUUGGAUCACAUACUACAGCGGAGAUCGCGCACGACUAAACGAGCGCGCCUUGUUCUACACCGUCAAUCUCGUAAUUCUAGGCUCCGUCCAAGGAUUUCUACACAAAUUCCUAGAUUUUGAUCAAAUGGUUUUAGGCAAGGUGAGACCGAGACGCGAAGGACAAUUGAAUAACCACGAAUCAGGUGGUUGGGAAAGGCUGGGAGAAUGGGCUCCAGUUCUUGUCAUUCGGGCUGGGACGGUCUCGAUGGCUGUCGGGUUCGUCAACUACCUAGUGACUUACCACUUUGUAAGACGCUCUGCCUGGAGCUGGGCUUUGUCCUUUUUCCGGUUGUUUUAUAGUCUCCCGAAGUCCAAUAUCCCGCCUAGCCAAGCUCCGUGGAGUAUCUGGAUGCUUGGCCGAUCGGUCUGGGCAGGGUUCCUGCUAUGUCUCUUGUGGUACUUUGGCGAUAUUGUUUUCAGGCUUCAGCUUGGAAAAGCGCCGCUCAAGAAUAACCAACCUCUUAGUGCCGAGUCAAAAGAUCCAAAUGGAAGCCUACUAAAUGGAUUGAAGAGCAAGAAGCCUCGGGUAUCGGCAUUCGCUCUGUGGGAAUUGGCGUUAAUCGCACGGGACUUUGAUGAUAGACGACGAAGCGUUUUUGAGGAUAUUGACAGAAAGGAUGGUCCUAUGUGGUCGCAAAUCUACGUCACGUGCUUAGAGACUAUUAAGUCGCUUGAGGAGAGAGUUGAUAACUAUGGGAAGCCACCUGCUCCCCCCGCCGCGCCAGCAGCUGCGGCUCCUCAGCCGGCGGUCCGAGUUGUCCAACCCCCGAAGACUGAUAACGUCUGGGCAACAGCACCAUCCCAGAAUGGCCUCCGGAAUUCUCUGGGCAGGGUCGCCAGAAACGUGGUGACAUCUCCAGGAAAGACACCCGCCGACGUCUACUUACCCGAAGCAAAGAAAGUGGCACGAGAGGCAGCAGAGCAUUUCCUUACGGAAGAGCAGAGAAACGCACUAUCGCCGCAGGGAGUUUCCGGUUUAAUCCAAACUAUAUCGCUUCGGAUCAUAAAUCUGCCCAGAGUCGGCCAGUUAUUCCAGCAGGUUUUCAGCCGCCGAUUAACGACCAUCGUACUUGGACAGCCGCACGGCGAACUUAGCAUCUACAUAAAUGCGGCCUACGCCCUGUCAAAACUAGCGGUUUCUAGUCUGACAGAGGACAAGUAUGGAAACGUACAGAGAGAUGUCCCAGCUAUCAUACGAACGUUUACCACGGUCAUCAAGAAGUUGGAGAGAUUCAGAGAUAAUCUACCGGCCCACUGGACGGACCCUGUACAAAACAGAGAGUGCCCUGAAGUUGACGAAUUGUUGGAUGCGUUGAAGGAGGGACUGGGCGAACUUAUCGCGGCGUUUGGACGGUAUAGCAGCGAUCUGAGACUUACCCGAGCAGAUAUGCGGUUGGCGGCAGAGGCGGCGGUAAGACAACAGGCUGCGAUAGAGGCAGGUCAGCAAGCACCGACGGGACCUGAGAUGCAGCAGGUGCAUUAGUGGCGUAACUUGCAAGUCUCGGAUCCCAAGAGCGCAUUGAUGAACGCAUCAAAUAGUGUGCUCAAGAGUGUAGUCGCAAAGGUGCGAUCUAGAUUCGCUGGGGACCAGUGAGUGUAAAAUGCCUAGUAAUACAGGCUGUGUUGUAGUUAGAUACAGCUUAUGAUGCAAAGUCAGUAAUGAAAAUGUUCAAUGGGAUGAGUUAUUUCGUG